UGACUUGUGUGUCGUACUGUAGGGCAUGGCACGAAUCGCAAAGAGAAGGUGACAUUCGAAAAAAGAGGACAACUUUCUCUUUUUAGCUCAAUAUGGAUUAGCUUGGGAAUUUGUCUUUUGACUGUGGUAUAACUGUUCAACAUGCAAGAAAUAAUGGAAAAAACUGAAUUAUUGACUGCAUUAUGCAUUCUUCGUUUACCAAAUGAACUGAUGGAUAAAAAUUUGUUAAAAAAUCAUUUCUCUCAAUUUGGCAGUGUUCGCCAAGUAAUUCUCAGCACCAAGAAUAACAGCUGUGUUAUUCAUUUUACAAGUCAUGAAAGUGCCAAGAAUGCUUAUGAGAAUGGAAAAAUAUUUGAAGGUAAGAAGCUCCACGUAUUUUGGAGUCACGUUAAAUCGCGCAGUACAGCAGUUGUAACUGGUUCACCAGAAGAGAGGAUAAAAGACCGCAAAAAAUCGAGACUCCCAACUAAAUUAUCUUCAAAUCGGGGUACAAAGACCAGUGAACUUGGCGGGGGAGAGGGAUCUUCAGAAAUUAGGAGGAAGUCAUUGAAACCGAAGCCCAAGAAAAAGAUGUCACCAGACGUUGAAGCUGAAUUAUUAGCUAUGAGUGGUAUCGAUGAAAUGAGACCUAUUCAAAGACCUUCCCGUACUCUAAAGGCAUUGCCUCCAGUGCCAGUUUUUAAAGAGACUCCACAGAAACCUGUGGAAGUGCCUGAAUCUGGAAUAGGAUCACUAAACAAGAUUGAAGAUUUGUAUUCAUUUUUGAGAAAACCAGCUGUUACUUCUGAAGAGCGAUAUAAUGUGUUGGAAGCACGUGAUAAGUUGAUGCGAACAAAAAAUGUGAAAGCAGCAAGCUUAGCUUUCGCAGAAAAAAAUGUUGGAACAUGUCCGGAUAUGUGUCCUGAAAAGGAACGGUAUCACAGAGAAGCAAAGCACCAAGUAUUCUGCUAUGAAAUGGAUUCAAAAUCUUCGAAACAGACUGCUGUGAUGGAUGCUUAUUUAGCUGUAAAACAAUACUCAAGAAGUUCUGCAGACCAAGACAUGCCUCUACCACAUGAUCUUCGGCCAGCUCCUGUCCUGCGAAUGACAAUGGAGUAUAUGUUGUCACAAAUUGUGAAUCGUGUUGAAGAUCCCAAUGAAAACAUGAGGGACUGGUAUUUUUUCCUCUGGGAUCGCACCAGAUCAAUAAGAAAGGACAUUACUCAACAAGAAUUAUGUGACACUGACACAGUUACGUUGUUGGAACAGUGUGCCAGGUUUCACAUAUUCUGCUCUGAAUACAUGGUAGAUGCAGAGAGUUCGGUGUUUGACCCAAAGAUAAACACAGAAAAUUUAACAAAAUGUCUGCAGACACUAAAAUAUAUGUAUAGUGACAUGUCACUCAAAGGUGAAGAAUGCCCAAAUAAGCCAGAAUUCCAGGCUUAUAUCCUGUUACUGAAUUUAAAUGACACUGGUCGCAUGAUCGAAGAGCUAAAGUUGAACUUGGAUAUCCAAGCUGCAGAUCCAAUAAAAUUUGCGUUGUCAAUUUAUGGAGCCCUUUCUACCAAUAACUAUGUAAAAUUUUUCAAACUAGUGAAAGAGACAACAUACCUUAAUGCUUGUAUUCUGCAUAGAUAUUUCACUCAAGUAAGAGUCCAAGCACUUUUUACAAUAUGCCAAAGCUAUUCAUUUGGGAGCACAAAAGCACAGUUUUCAGUGUCUGCACUCACCAAGAUUCUUGCAUUUGAUGAUGAUGAAGAGACUGUUGAUUUUUGUGGACCCUAUGGGCUAAAAGUGGAGGGACAAGACAUAAUUUUAACUGGGAAAAACAGUAUUAACAGGACACAGCCUCCCCCUCAAUUGAGACGGUCUGUUACACUUGUUGCCACCAAGAAAGACUGUUCUGUAGCAGAGGUAAUUUGUGGAGGCCCUGCACCUAGUAAUGACUAUUACAAAAGCCACACACCUCACAACAGUUUUGACAGUAAUGGUAUUUUGAUGUUAGACGCUUAUGAUGCAACGGAUCAAGCAUUGCAUUUGCGUGAAGACAUUCUGAAAGAAAUUAGUCGCCAGGGUGAUGCAGAAAGUGAAACAGAUGAGAUUGUGCCUGAAGUUCCAAUACAGUCAGCUGAAAAACAUGAGAUUGCAUACCAUCAGAAGACGGAAUUAUUCAACAAAAUGCUUGAUAAACCAAUAAUCAGAACUCAGGUGGCUGUGCACGAUGAGAAGACAGAUGUCACUGAACCAUUGAGAUCAGAGCCAGAUGGAGGAUCACCUGAAAGCAAGAAAAUUUCUGGAGGCACCCAAGUAUCUGCUGGAUAUAUACAGCAGUUGUUUAACAAUAUUAUCAACGAAUGUGUGGGUGAAAUGAUCAGAGAAUGCUGUGUUGUUGUUGUGCAAGAGGAGCAUGUGAAAGCUGUAGAAAGGAACAGAAACGAAAUGUUACUUCAGAAACGGCAGAGGCUGGUGGAAGAAGCUGCAGAAUCAUUGUUGGAUGAGCUUAUCUAUGAAGUUGGAACUGAGCUUAUCAGGGACAUUGUUUACACGCUUGCUAAGGAAAUCAUAUAUGAAGAAAUUUUCUAUUCUAUCCUGGAUGAUGAAAUAGAACUGCUUGUUGAAACAACAAUGGAUAAUGCAAGGAAACAACGCUUGCAGGAAAUCUCGCAUAACAUUGCUAACAGAAAAUUGCUGUACUAUUUAAAUAAAUGGAGAUGGAGAGCACACAAGAUGAGUAAGAGGAGAGAGUUCUUGAGAUCUUUUUCAUUCCAGCCAUCCAAUUUGAAUCUUCAAGAGCAGGCAGAUCUGUUAGAAGUACAUGGAAUUUCAAAAGAAUAUGAUUUGCAAUCGCAGAGGUUGUUUUCUCAGCAAGCUUCUGUUUUCAAACCAUUCUUGCAAAUCCCUCCACUUCCAAAUAUUGGUGUUUUGGAAGUUGAUAAAAUAGUUGAAGAAGAUCUUACUAAACGUCUAAGAGAAAUGGAACAAGACUUUUCAGAUGUAUUUUGGAAAAUCAUGAUCUCCAUUCCUGAUACUGAAGAAUCUCCUCAUUAUUCAGACUUACUUGUAAAUUGGACAGAUCAGCUGUUCCACAAAAAUUUGUUAUCUGAUGAUGACGUUCAUCUGUUAGAAUCAGAUGUACUAAUGAAAACUGAAGUCAAAACUGCUCUCCAUACAGUACUGGGGAUUUGUGUUCAGAGGAUUACUGGUGUUGCACCCACUCAAGGUUCAGUACCUACUGAAGCAAAUUAUAGAGGAACUAAUGGAAUACUGUUCUUACUUUCAAAUAUUGUGGAAGGCACCGACAAAUCUUGUAGACGUCUUAUCAGGCUAUUGAGAGCUCUGUCACCACAACCCCGUGUACCAGUGGCAAUCAUUGAUCUCCAACAGUUUGACAGCAUGAAAAGCUGUUUAAAUGAGAAAUGGUUGGAUGAUAUUAAAAAUGGACAAGUACUUGCAGAUUUCAAUAUCUUCCAAGGAAAUAUCAGAUCUAAGAACAGCAUUAAAGAAAUGAUGGUGUCAGCACUAAAAUGGCUCGCGAGUAAAAGGCCACGUACACCACCUGUUUACAUAUGCUAUCUGCCACAAUUGUGGGACACCUGUUUUACUGAGAAAUUCUGGUCCAAAAUUGAAUGGUCUCUAGCAGACAAUUCAGUUUUUGUAAUGCAGCAGAAUCCCAAGACUAUUAUUCAUCUAUAUAAUGCAGCAAUUGAUAGACUGCUGUUUGCUUGUCUGGAUGAGGAUCUCUUAGAAUACUCAUUUGGACCACCAGAAUUUGAGGAUCAUUUAGAUGAUCCCUCACAGCACACAAGUGGAUUCCAAGUGUGCCCAAAGUACUGGGGAUCUCCACACUACUGCAAAUUUUUGUUUGAUUUGAUGCGUAGUCUCCAAUUGUCAGAAGACAUUAGUUGGCCACCUGUAAAUUAUGUUGAUCUCCUUAAGUCUCUUGAGCAGUAUUGUACAGAAAAUCAGCUGCAGUAUGCAGUGUGGGAUAUAAACAGGCUUUUUGAACAUUACCUCAGGGAUGUUAUCAAGGAAGGCCAUGAAGAUUUAGAUUUCAAACAGUUUUUAGCUGAUUUCCCAUGGAUAAAGUUGGUAGAGAUUUUGGCUGAACAUAAACUGAGGAAUACUGAUUACACAGAUCCAUUUGUCAAAGGAUAUAGUAAGAGACCAAUUGUAGUGAUUGUAAGGAAAUCAUUUUUGGAGGUAUUUCUAACAACACCAUGGUGGCUAUCAGAGGCAGAAUCAUUACAGUCAGGUCAACAGGCACCAAAUGAGCCAGAAAUCAUGAACACUACACCCCAAAAAGAAGCUGAAAUCCUACUUGAAUGCCUAGAAACAGAAGUUGAUGAACCAGUCCAACUGGCAGACAGGUCAUGUCUUGAUAAGCAGGGUAGCCCUGUCAUGCAUGGGAGUAUGAGAUUAAGGAGUGUUUUAAGAGAAGUAUCUUUGUUGGAAAAUAAGGUGGACCACCUGGAGAAGCAACAGAGUUCCAUACUAGCAAAGCUGGAAAAGGAGUUAAUAUCUGGUGCUGUUGAUUUUCCACGUCACUCAGUGUCUUGGAAGUCAGAUGCUGAAAGAAUUACUCCAUCAUUCAAGUCUGAGGAUAGACUAAAAAUGUGCAGAAAUAGUGUUGAUGCAGCUGCCCUGCUGGAUUCUGAGAUGAAGGCACUCUCAUCAAGGCAAGAAAAAGUUUUGGAGGACUUGGCAAGAAGUAUUAAUGAAGCGAGUAUUGACAUUUUAUGUCACACUGUCUCACCAAAAUCUGACUGUGAAGGAAUCACUUCUUCACCCAGGUCAUUCCAGUCACAGAGGAAACUGAAACGUAGCAGGAAUGCUGUUGAUGCAGCUGCAUUGCUAGCCUCAGAAUUAAAGAUACUUUCAUCACGACAGGAAAAAAUAUUGGAGGAUCUAGAAAGAAGUAUUGAAGAAGAGAAUUUUAUACUUGAGCACCAGGGAAGAAAGAAAUUAAAAAUAGAUGAGCUGUAACAGCUUGAAAAGUACGUGAGUUUGAAUGGAAAAUGGUGUGCAGUGACGCAAAGGAGUUGUUGUACUUCUCCCCAAGCUUGCAAUUAGUAUACCACAAAGUAGAGAGCAAUGUGUUUUGCAUGUGCUGCAUUAUUCUCACAAAAGGAAGAAACAUUAUUUUUAUAUAUUUCAAUCUGGCCGACAAUUCGUAAUACGAACAGUGAUAUUCAACAGUUCUCUUGUAUGGAUGUUUUUUCCUCCUUAACACAAAAUGGAGAUGAACUGAAAUGUUUUUAGCUUUUGUAAUAAAACAGUCACUUUUAUAAUUA